UCCAGCGCACUUCUCUCUCAGACGUAACGUUAGCGGAUAAACGCGUCGAGCGCGGCGGAGGACCUCGGCAGCUCGUCGACGAGAAACGUCCACGGGAAGCCCCGUCGAAUGGCGGAGGAACGUCGCGUCGUUUGUGUGUGUGCGUCCCGCCGCACGGGAGACGUCAUGAGAACAGAGCACCGCGGCGCGACGCCAGCGCGUCAUUUAGAGACGGUCUCGCGGACGCUGCGUGAAUCAGCUGCGCUCGAGGACUGUCACACUCCUCGUUGUUGAAGGAGCGAGGGCUAUGGCAGAGACUGAAGUCACCGUGUCUGUGGAGGACGUGGUGGAGAUGAAGAGCGCUGAGGAAGAGGAUGGAGAUCCUGACAACCAAAGCAAGACUCAGAUGAUCCUGCAGCUGCAGCCCAUCACAGCUGGGCUUGGAGAUGAAAGCAGUGAGACAGAUUCAGCAGUUGUGGCUGUGGAGGCACAAGACGAGGCGUCUGCUGAAGGAGAGGAUUUCGAGCUCGGUUAUCCCAUUACAUGCGGCGAGAGUAAAGCCAUCCUUCUGGUGAAGAAGUUUGUCUGCCCGGGAAUCAAUGUCAAAUGUGUGAAGUAUGAGGAUCAGUUGAUUAGUCCAAAGCAGUUUGUGCACUUGUCGGGGAAAGCCACCUUGAAGGACUGGAAGCGAGCGAUCCGGAUGGGUGGAGUUAUGCUCAGGAAGAUGAUGGACUCGGGUCAGCUGGAUUUCUAUCAGCACAGCACUCUCUGCACAAACACCUGCCGAAGCACCAAGUUCGACCUGCUGAUCAACAACACACGCUUCCCACCGGACGGCAGUGGACUCGGCACAGCCACCACAGCUCAGGGGCAUGUUUCUGUGGGUAACGGAGGUCAGACGCACACAGCGGAGGAGAAGAAAGAAGAGGUGAUCAGUUCGGUGGAGUGGAGCACAGCUUCGGCAGAAAGCCCAGAGAAAAGAGACUCACCUGAUAUCUCAGACGAGACGCUGAGUUUCUGGAGGGGCAUCGCUGAGGUGGGGCUGAUGGAGGAGGUGGUGUCUAACAUCCGCUCGGAGCUGCUGAGUCUGCUGAGAGGAGUCCAGCUGCGCACCGAUCCCAGCUCUCUACAGGACGCAGAGAUCGCGGUUCUGAGUAACCUGGCUCAAGUCUUUGACCUGCUGGACUCCAUCAAACAAAUUCUGAACGUUCGACGGCAAAGGACGGACCCGGAGCAGACGCAGGUCCUCAGAGCACUGACAACAUUGGAGCAGCAGGUGGAGGAGCAGAAGCGGCAGCAGUCGCUCAGCUGGUUGUCUCAAUCCCAGGCCCUCAGCAGUCUGCUUCUCCCCUCCCCACCUCCAUCCAAACGUGCUCCCAAACGCCCCCGCCUCCAGCGGCCCGCCUCCACCACCGUACUCUCCACAUCCGUCGCCCAGCCACUCACACUCCAGCCCCAGCAGUUCACCGUGCUCUCCCCCAUCACCCUCUCCUCCAUCGGCCAGUCGUUCGCCGUGGCCGGUCUCAACCAAGCCUCCAACACGGUCACCCUACACACCCUCCCAGCCGGCUCACAGCUCUUCAAGAGAAUCGCUACGGGUUCGGACGGAAAAACCGAAGCCAUUGCGCUCCAUCCGGCGUCUGGGCUCACGCUGCUGGGCGCCACAGCCAUGCCGGACCACGGGCAGCUUGUGAGCCCCGUCGAGCUUGUCCAGUUCACGCAGAAGACAACCUCCGGCGUAGCCCAGGACGGUCAGGUGGUGGCAGGAACGGUAGUGAUGCAAGAGAGCGUCGUCAGUGUCCUGCAAGAGGACGAGAGCCAAGACAGCACCACCCUGAUCGAGAUAGACCCAGCCACCGCCGACCACAGCGUGAGCGUCAUGGAGCUGCAGCUCGAGGGCGAGGAAGCCGAGGGCGGAGCGACUGUGGUGGGAGACGAGACAGAGGAGGAGAUACAGCUCGAUGCCAACGAACAGAUCCACAAUUUACCCGUUGUAGUGGUGGAGGAAGAGACGCAGGGCGCUGGCAAAGCCAAAUGAGACACUGACACGCUCACACAAACCUUCCUCAGAGACUGACGGACCGAAUCAGGGACGGGGAUUGUGUCACCCCAGGUGGAGUCUGUGUUUGUCCUUCCAGCUGUCUCAGUUCUUCAUCACUCUCUUCCUGCACAGCCAAGCUCGGCUCUUCAAGACUGACGUGUCACGUAUUUUUGUAAAAGUUCUCAGUAUUCCUUUGUUUUUGUCUUUUACAUGAGAAGUAACAAUUUGUGAUGUUUCGUUGGAACACAUUCAGUAUUUGCUUUCGUUUUUGAGUGUGGAGGCUUAGAUCGAGCACUUAUUUUUCAGUUUCACUUUGUUUCGGUUCCCAGAUGUCAUGUUGUAGCCAGAUUAUCCUCUUUCUACUUUCUGACAUCGGGGUAUCAAUGGCACUAACGCUGGCGAUGUUUUAGCACAGUGGUUUUUAAACUCCAGACCUGGAGACCCACAGCACUUCUGCUAGUCAUAUUAUUGUCUGAAUUGUGUGUAAAUAAAGGAGGUAAAAGUGCAGUGCUUGGGUUCCCAGGAUCAGAGACGAGAUCCACACCUUUAGCACACUUAAUGAAAGAUGUCUAAUGAAUGUUUGUGAAUGGAUCUUGUGUGAAAAUUAAAAUGGAUCUUCCUUUCCCCGUGAGUUAUAUGUUAUAAAUGAUGGUAGAUCGCGGGAUUGUGCAUUUCUAAACCUGUUACAGUUUCUGAGAGUAUGUUUUGGAAAGUUAUUGCAAAAAUACUUGAUUUGGAGUUUUAUAAAUACACUUUUGUUAAUUUUGCAAAACAAGUUAAUUUAUUAUUUCUGUGCAGAAGUUAUAAUUCUGUAAUGAUUUACUCCCCCUCAUGUUGCUCUCAACUCAGACCUGCUGUGGACCACAAAUGGAGAUGUUUAGCAGAAUGUUCACACUUAACAGUUCACUCAACAUUACUUUGCUGCUUGUUUGAAUGAAUUAAAAUGAGCUAAUGCAUUAA